AGCUGAGACUAGUCUAAAGAUGAAGCCAGUUCUCCUUGGAAUACUAUCCCUACUCCAGUUUGUCUCUACUACCGAGGACUCAACCGCCGACCAACGCCGAUUUAACGCCCUGAAGUUUGGUUACAGUGUUCCGGACUAUAUCAUCUACAAGCCGAGCAUGGGACCUCUGCAGAAUGCUUUCUCAGUUUGCUCGUGGGUUAGAGGUAUUAGAUCUAGUAGUAACCCGAGUUGGCUAUCCUACGCAGUGAGCAGUGGCAGUUCCGAUGAGAUCCUGAUAUCAAGUAAUGGAAAUUAUAACAUUAUAUUCGGCAGCGGUUGGAGUUUGAAAAGAAAGAUUAGCUCAGUCCCAUUAGGGACUUGGUACCAUUACUGUGGAACCUGGAGCAUAUCAUCCCGAACACAUAGAGUGUACCUCAAUGGACAGCUUAUUGGAAGCAGAUCAACACCCUCAGGACGUAAACUCGGUACUAACGGUUAUCUUGUAAUCGGAAACGAUCAGGACAGUUAUGGUGGAACGUUGACCCAGGACGCAAUAUUUGGAGGGGAGCUUUAUAAGCUCAACUUAUUCUCCAAGGAACUGAGUAGCGCUGAAGUCCAAGAGAUGGCAAAAGACAAGUGCACUGAAAUAGAGGAGACGUAUGGGGUGGUUAGAAGUAUAAAGUGGGAACAAAUACUGCUGAAGGCUAGGAACGGCGACGUUACUGAGAUCGAAAGUGGGUGUGUAGAAUCAAUCCGAGCCAAAGAGGAAAAAGCAUGUAAAUCUGAUCUGGAGGACAAAGAACGGCAGAUGAACACAACCCUAGCAGAGCUUGAGGAGACUAAAUCUGAUCUGGAGGACAAAGAACAGCAGAUGAACACAACCCUAGCAGAACUUGAGAAAAAAAAACAGCAGAUGAACACAACCUUAGCAGAGCUUGAGCAGAUAAAAUCUGAUCUGAAGAGUAAAGAACAGCAGCUAAACAGGACGGAGGCACAAAAACAGGUAACCCUACAAGAACUAGACGCCACAACUCAGGAUCUGAACAGUACCUCUGCAGCUCUAAACCAAACUCUGACAGAACUUCAACAAGUUAAAGAGUUACUGGAAAACACUACCGGCCAUACUAACACGACUGUGACCAGUCAUUGGGAUCUGCUCUAUUCCGAGGAGUACUUCGGAGGGAUCUUUACUGCAGAAAAACUUGAAGUUCUUCGCAAAAGCGUGGCUAAGCUAGAGUACUUUCAGGGCAUCAGAAUAACAGACAGACUCAUCAAGUUUUUCAAGAUGUUCCAUGACGGUGAAGAAGAUCAGUGCUCGGAUGAAAAACUUUAAACAGAUCGAAAGACAGAAGAGCGGACGAUUGGAUAAACUGGAGGUGCUCAAACUUAUUGGAAAUUGAAGUAGCCUGUAGCUGGCUGCUGGAUAUAUAAUGUAUAAUAAUGGACAUAUAAUAGUAUGUAUAUUCUAUUGUAUUGUUAUAU